GUUUCCUGCUACAUUUAAAGAGUCUUCAUCUCUCUAAUAGCCAGAACCGCUGACCUUCCACAUGAGCCUAACAACUGCAGCUGGAGUUACCGCGUCUUCAAACUUUGAAAACGUGUGGAUAUAUUUAUAUCUUUACCUUACGUGAUUUUCUUGCCUCCUACUGAAAGAUCCAUGUGGGUGGUGGAGAAGCUCCGUCUGUCCGUAGAGAGAUCCAACUUUCCUAUCCCAUCAGCAGAACUCAGCUUCAAGAUCAGCGACAUCAUGAUAGGAGACAAAAUGGACAAAUCUAAGAGGAUUUCCCUCUGUCCUAAUAUCAUCACUCCUGAUAACAUCCCAGAGUUCUGCAUCCCGCCAACGAUUUUAUCCCUGCAGGAGAUGAAGAAUUCAGAGCUGAAGGGAGCAGCUUGUGCUGUCAAGAUGUUCCCCUGUGAGAGGGCUAAACCAGAAACAGAAGUAGCGUUUCAUGAGGCACUCAACCCGCACAUUAUUCAGGUAGAAAGUGUGGAUGAGAGCCCCUAUGAUGGUUGCAGCGAUGAAGAGACAACCAAUGCAGACCCCCAGAGCCAGGCGGCCUUAUCCCUUCCUCACUUGGCCAGAGCCCAGACCAGCUAUGGCUUCUGCACCUUACUCGAGAGCCCCCACACCAGGAGAAAGGAGUCCAUUUUCCACUCCGAUCCAGGGUCCCCUCCAGUGCUUCUGCCUAGAAGUCGAUCCAGCACGUGUAGUAAACUAACCCGCCCUACCUUAUCAUCCUCGUCUCCCUCCUCAUUCAGCCUCAACGGCCUAACCUCCAGGCUUUCCCCACGAGCCCACAACUGGCAAGCCCCUUUGGACAGCGAUACGACUUCCUCCACUGAGUCCUCUCCUUUCAGCUCUCCACUGCUGUCCAGGUGUCCUGCCAAGUCUUCUCUUUUCAAAGCACUGAGCCAUGAACUUCUGUUGUCAAGAAACUUCAGAAAGGCACUGGCGUCCAGGAACAAUUCCCUGUCAACAGAUGAGGGCAGCUCUACGGAUAACAGCCCAAAUAUGAUGAGGAGGGCAUCGGAGGGGAUAGCCGAAGGUCUGCCCAGCAGCUGCAGCCUGGCACCACCCAACAUCUUCCCCAUGGACUUAACCCUGCACAGGGAGCGGGCAAUGAAGGAAAGAAUGGUGCCACUGGGUAGAGACGGCAGUCUGAGACUCUCAGUUGAAUACUGUCCAGACAACCAAAGACUGCGAGUUAGACUGAUCAGUGCUGAAGGUCUUUAUCCUCUCUCUGUUGACCCCAAGAUCAUCAACUGCAGCAUCAGCCUCUCGCUGGUCCCAGGAAAGGUCCAGAAGCAGCGCAGCACGGUCAUAAGAAAGAGUCGUAAUCCAAUAUUUAAUGAAGAUUUCUUUUUUGAUGGAAUCUCGGAGGAAGACCUCAGCCUUAGAUCGCUUCACUUUAAAGUGGUGAACAAAAUGUCCUCUCUGAAACGAGACUAUCUCCUUGGUGAAUGUGAUUUGCCCCUUUCAAGCACUGUAACACUGUAAACCUGUUAUUUAUUAGGUGAUGUCUGUAUUUAAAUAGCUAUUUUAAACUGUAAAGCAACAUUUUGUACUUGUACUUAUUAAAUUAUGAAAA